AAAGAAAUUACAAACUUCCGGCGCAAAAAUGAAAAUUCUGACUUUUCUUGCAUAAGAAUCCAAACGUCCAAAACUUUGGCGCCACCCCUUAAAAAAAUUACUCCUUGUACUUACGAUUACAACAUCGCCUCUCGCUAUCUGCUCCUCACUUCGACUAUCCCCGCUCGCCGUCGCCUCCCUUGUGAAACCACCGGCCGGAGACAUUCCAUAGACACAACUCCGUCGCACCCAACCACAGCGAUGUUUGGUCGUAAAACAAGCUUCAAUUGUGGGCGUAGAUUCUCGAUAGACUUAAUACUUAAGGGAAAAUCUCGAUUCCGUAGGAUAGAUUCCAUUAAUGGCGACAGUAGCAGCAGUGGGUCUAAAGGUAAAGGUAAUCCUUUUCUGGUGCCCGGUGCAACUGUUGCAACUAUAGCCAUGCUUGGAGCUCUUCAUGCUAGACGAAUGUAUAGUGAUAAAAAGAUUGAAGAGGCUAGAGAGAGUGGCAUUGAACCCGAGCUCCAACCUGAUGUAAAAGCUAAAUUCCUGAAUAUGUUACCUCUACGCUCCAUUUCAAGGUUUUGGGGUCAUUUGUGUGGCAAGGAACUUCCAGUUUGGGUGCGUCCAUAUGCUCAUAGAGCUUGGGCUCGUGCAUUUCAUUCAAAUUUGGAAGAGGUGGGGCUGCCUUUAAAGGAAUACGCAUCACUUAAAGAUUUUGCUAUUCGCAGACUGAAAGAUGGUGCUAGGCCAAUCAAUUCUGACCCACACACUCUGAUGAGUCCUGUUGAUGGCACUGUGUUAAGAGUUGGAGAGCUGAAAGAAGGGGUUAUGAUUGAGCAAGUUAAAGGCUUCUCCUAUUCUGUAUCUUCCCUCUUAGGUGCACGCGCCUUACUCCCUCUUAUGGCAUCACCUGCCCAUGAAGAUACAAGCUGCCAACAAGAAAAGAAGCUCAACAGCAGCAGCAACAAAUCAUGGUGGAGAAUUUCAUUAGCUUCACCAAAACUUAGGGAGGAGCAUUCUUCACCCCCCAGUCCAAUGAAAGGUCUCUUUUAUUGUGUUAUUUACCUGACGCCAGGAAACUACCAUCGAAUUCACUCACCGGUUGAUUGGAAUGUAGUUGUUCGCCGCCAUUUUUCUGGUCGGCUCUACCCUGUUAAUUCACGUGCUAUCAGGACAAUAAAAAAUCUUUAUGUUGAGAAUGAAAGGGUUGUCCUAGAAGGUAGAUGGCAAGAAGGUUAUAUGGCAAUGGCUGCAGUUGGUGCAACAAAUAUUGGCUCCAUUGAGCUUUUCAUUGAACCUGGUUUAAGAACAAACCUACCAAGAAAGAAGUUGGUCCAAUCAGAGGCCCCUCAAGAGCGGGUGUAUGAACCUCAAGUGAUGCUCAAGAAAGGAGAUGAGGUAGGUGCGUUUAACAUGGGAUCAACAGUGGUGCUAGUUUUCCAAGCACCCACAACUUCACCAUCAUCAGAAUUCAGUUUCUGUGUUGAAAAAGGCGAUAAGAUACAAAUGGGAGAAGCUCUAGGACGUUGGCAUCAACAGCUGUAAUUAUUGAUGCUGGUGUUUAUAUGGAUUUCAUUGCUAUUCUUAUUAUUAUUAUUAUUGAUGGCUGGGAAACGACUAUUUUUGAAGAGAUGAGGACUGAAAAAGCUAACCAGAUGCCCUUUGACCCUUGCUACUUAUCAAGUCUUUAAUUUUUUUUUUCCUUUUUGUUUUACUGAACCCAUAAUUAGGUCCUGGUCAAACAAUAGGAAUGAUAGAACUACAAACUCUCUUUGUAGUGAAUUUUUUUGUUGGGGUGUUGACAUUUCAUCUUUUCACACACGUGUAGACAUGUCUUUCUUAAGGAUUCAAUGAUCAUAUGAUAUAACAUCAAAUCCUAACUGUAUCGUUAUGGCAAAAAAGAUGACA